AUGGACACCAUGGAACCUCCGCCCUAUGAUUUCAAACAGUUGCUGACGCUAAGACCCGGAGAUUCUGCUGGGGUGGAGGACUUUGUGGGUCCCAUUGAUGUGGCGUGGGUACCAGGAAAAGGUCGCGGGAUUUUGGUGCAACGCGACGUCCCGCAAGGCGAGCUGCUGUUCGCAUGCAAAGCCAUGGCAGUGGCAGAAACACCGAAGCUGGUGGAGGUGACCUGUCAAAAGCUUCGCAACUGUGGCCGGGAGGACUUCGACGCUUUCUUCCUGCUAUGCACGCGCCGUGCCACGCCCAAUGAUUUGCCCCAGCUUCGCCAUGGGAAAGGGGGAGGCGUGACAGUCAUCCCCAGGAUGGAGAGGAAAGAGGUGAAGAGGGAGGAGGUACAAGCAAUCCUGUCAGCCAACGCGCAUGAGUUGGAUACAUCGGAUUUGUGCUGCCAGAAACCUGGCAAGACAGUGUCGGGCAUCUUCUUGUUGGCUUCCUUAGUGAACCACUCCUGCCAGCCCAGCGCAGCCCGCAUUUUCUUGGGGGACAUGAUGUUCGUGCGCGCGGCGCGACACAUGAGGGCAGGAGAUGAGGUGACUGAUGGCUACGUCUCGGUGGUGCAGCCGGCUACGGAGCGACGCAAAGCGAUCCGCGAGCGCUACGGCUUUGACCUCACGGGGGAUCGCAUCCUGCUGGAAGAGCAGCUGUUCUCAGAGGCUGUGGUUCAGCAGAUCUUGGAUCGGAUUGACGACUCCGCUGCAGUUGAGGACUUCAUCCAAAUCUUGGACGACGUGGGUGACCUCGUUGCCUCCCAGCUACGUCGCCUCAGCAGUGCCAGCGUUGCCGUUCGCGCGGCGGCCAAAGCGAUGGGCUGCGGAGUGGAACGUGUGCUGCUGGGCGGCUUGGUGCUGGCAGUGCAAGUUGCAGUGGCCACCAUUUUGUCAGAUUUGAAGCGGCAUCAUGAAGCAGCUGCUGCAUACUGCAGGUGCUGCUGGUUCAUGGAAGAGCUUGCUCCACACAAUGCCUACCAUGCCAAGUGGGCCGUUGAAGCUCUACUCAGCGCCUCCCGCGGUGGAGUGGCGCUGGAGGGCUAUGCUGGCUAUGCGCGGAAGGUCUUGGAGGGCCACUGUGGUCCCGGUGCCUUGGAGGUGGCCCUGGGUGCAUCCAAGGCCAUCCAAGGCAUGGAGGAUGCAACUAGGACAUGUCCCCCUGGAGAAGUUGAGGUCACCUGUAGAGUGGGGAAAGACCUGACGGUUCAGUUGGAGCUUCCGGGACCCCUGAGCGCCCAAGAUUUAGAGCUCGCAGUGAGUUCCCAGCUGUUGGACCUGUCUCUGCCCAUCCAGUUUGGUGGCUUUGGGCUGCUGCCCCGCUGCCGCGGCCUGCUGCUGGUGCUGCCGAAAGAAAUUGAUCCGGACAGUGGAACUGUGCGACUGAGCCAAGGAGGAAGACGGCUGAAAGCCACAUUCAAAGUCAUCAACUGA